AUUACUAUUCUGUGAUGAUCUUUGAUCUUGUGAGUGAGCGAGCGUGAGAAUUAAAAGUCUUUGUUUAUUUGUUUGAUUUUUUGAUUAAAGAAAAGAAAAAUGUUGGGAGAUAUCGAAGAUGAAAUAAAUAAUAUAUAUAAUAACUCACAAUUCGUUUUUUUGACUAAUACUGAAAAUUUUGAAACUGAAUCCUUCCAUUUAAUGCAAAGUAUGGGUCUAAUACACAAAUCAAAAUAUUGUAAAGAUUGCAAUAAAAAUAUGCAAUGGUAUCCCUCUGGAAGAUUUGAUUUGUUUGAAGGGAUUUGCCUACAAUGUAAGCAGACAUGUUCUAUAAGACAAGGUUCACCUUUAGAAACUAUUGACUGCAGCUAUUAUAAAAUUCUAGAAGUAUUAUGGGCUUGGUGCAACUGUGAAGAUAUAGAAAAAACUGCAGUUAGAUUAGGCAUUGAACAAACAACUGUGAUGAACAUUUUUUUAAUUGCUGGAUUAGCAGCUCAAAGGCAUAUCAAGAAACAUAUCUCACAGUGGAAGAUUGGGGGACCAGGAAUAAUUGUUCUUAUUGAUACAUUUCCUGAAACUUAUUUUGGUGCAAAUAGAAAAAGCAAUAGACCAAUACUUUGCUUAGCUGAAUUAAAGGGUUUUCCAUUGACCAUUGUGUUUCACCCUCUACAAACAGAUUCAAGAAAUGAGCAAGAUACAGAACAAAAGAUCAAAGCUAAUUGUCAGACAAUUAUUCGUGAUUUUGUUCAUCCCGAAUCCGCAGUGGUUGCUAGAAGGAAUGCCACUUAUUGUUCAUAUGAAGAUAUUCUAUCAAACCAACCUCAAUUCAAUGUGUUAGCAAGUGACGAAGGUUUAUUAAAACAUGAAUCUGUUGGGAGAAAUCUUCAAACUAUUUUGUCAACUAUUUGGGAAGAGGCUGUUUAUAUUUGCAUGACUGCUCAAUAUUUGCCAGAUCACUUAAUGAAGAGUUUUCUUGUCAGUCAAAUGUGGAAAAAUAAGUACAGUCAUAGAGCGCAAUCUCUAAUUCUGACAGAAAUUGCAAAUCUAGUGAAUGAUGGUAAUCAUGAGAAUCAGUGAUAAUUAAAAAUACUUUAUUAAUUUCAGAAAUAAUUUUUAUAUUCUAUUUAUUUGAUAUUAUUGUACACAAUAAUAAUAACAAUGAAGUAACUGGAAUAUUCCUAGAGGUUAAGAAAGCCAUUAAACACAGAUGUUUCAAGAGAUAAACUUUAAAUAAAGCAAAUUCCAUAUCAAUUUCAGUCUGUGGGAGCAUAUUAUUAGUCUUUCCACUUUAAAUAUUGAUUAAACUUCAUGAAGAAACGAAUAAAAUUCUUUGUCCAAAAACUGCUAAAAAGUCUAUAUUGAUUUUGUUUCAAAUUGUGAUUAAAACAAUCAAAGCUCCAAAGUCACAAGUCAUUAGAAAAAAAAUAUAAAAUUAAUAUUGAUUUGAAACUGCAUAUAAAUGUUUGUUCCAAAUUAAACCUGAAGUUGAAGUAGUAUUUUAAAAAAUAUAUAUAUUCAUUAAAGGUUUUCUAUUCCAUGUUUCGUGUAUACUUCUCCUUAAAGGAGAUUUUUGUAUGCCUUUUUUCAAGCUUUAAACAGGAUUAUGAAAAUUAUUAUAGCUUGUUAUUGGUUGUAAUAAUUCCACGAUUUUCUUGUCAUACAAACAAUAAAUAACAUGAUUGUUUGAUACGGAACAAAGCCUGUUCUUUGCACAAAAUCUGAUGGUUUCACAGAAGCCUUGAAAAGUUGGAAUAAAAACAUCAAAAUAAAGGGUGUGGUCCGUAUAAAGCCGAGAAUUUUAGACGUUAUUUCCAAUAUUUCAGGUAACCUGCUUCGUAUAUACUGACAGCUUGCCAUUGGGCAAGCGGUAAAUUAUGCCUAGACAGAAAUUAUAAUUUGUAAACAAUUAAAAGUUCUUAGUUGCUCUGGAGGGUUUUUUUCAUAAUUAAAAUAAUAAAGUCUUGAGCGUCAGGUGCCAUGGAAAAUGUUCAUAAACAAUAAUCUGAAAAUUAAAAUGACCAAACGAGUGGGAGUGGUUAUCCAAAGUUUCUUCCAUUUUUUUUAAUUGUAUUUCCCUAUUUGUAUAUUCAUUUGCCUUGUAAUUAUUGCUUCGUUACAAAACAACAUUAUUAUUGCACUCUCACUGAUUUCUUGAUUACUUCUAUUCUCACCGGGAAGGCUUCAAAUUCUAAUGAAAGAAAAAUCAAUGGUCAAAAUAAACAUAUAUGUCAAAAACUAAAUAAAGUAGGUAAAAAAAUUUCUGAUAGAAUUUAUUGCAGUCGAUCUACUUAUUGUUAUGAAAGCUUCAUUAAUUUUUUUUCAUGAAUAUUAUUAUCAUGUUUCUUAUAGUUAUGUUGAAAUGGCAAUUUUGAUAUUUGUAUUGUAUAAUUAUUUUGUCUAAGCAUACAUCAGACAAUAUAACCUUAUUGGUUGAUUAUGUGUCUCAUGAACUUUAUAAUGAGUUCUCUAAUACGAAGUCCUUUAUUAUAAUUCUUUAUAUUAUAUAUUUUAUAUAACUGUUUAUGUAUUGUUAUGUUUUUUUGUGUGAUUCUUAUUAAAUAUAUUAUAAUAAUUAUGUAUAUAUCCAUAAAAAUACUGAAAUCAUAUGCUCAAAAAUUAACAAAGUGCCUUUACUAUGUCCAAUAUUUUAUUAUUCAUAUUUAUCAAACAUUUUAUGAAAUUACUAUUAUCAAAGUACAUCAUUCAGCUAUGAUUUGUGCCUAAUUACUCAAUGUUAUAAGUAAAAUUUAUCGAACUGAUAUUGCAGCAGUCGUCUGAUAACUUCUAUAGGGUAGGCAAAUUUUCAUGUCUAGAUACAAAAUACUAUAAAUUGUUGAAUUGAUUAUUUGCAUAAAAAAAGUUUAUAUUGUAUCUUGCAAAAUAUUGUUGAAAAUGCUCAUAUUUUUCAUUGUUACUUAAUCACUCCAUGGACAAAAUUUACAAAGAGAUGCUGUGCCUUUUUUCUAUAAGAGAAAAGAAAUAUCUCGCAUCAUAUCAGUGUAUUAUUCAUUGAAUUAAAUUUCCAUAUCAAAAUAAGGGGACUUUUAUUCGAUCAAGAGAAAAUUUAAUACAUUUAAAAUUAUUACAUAUUUUUAUUCUAAUUUAUUUAUUUCCAAUAAUCAAAUGUUUCUGUUGUCAAUUAUAUGUAGUUACAUUAACAGGACUUUUUUUAUUAUAUUUGGGUAUUUAUGAGCAAUAAUUAGUGUUUAUAAGAAUAAUGUUAAUGAUUUUCUCUCUCUGUUUCUAUAUCUUUUGAAAAUUAUUGUUGGUUUGAUAAUGAAAAAAUGUUUCUUGUCAAUGUAUAUUGAAUCUAAAUUUGGUUUAUAUCAUAAAAAUCAACUGAAGUAAUUUGUUCUAUGUUCAUAUUGACAAAUUUAAAUUAGUAUGAUAUACUGUUAAUUUCUAUUAAAUACAUAUUCCUUGACUCA